AAUCUAUCUUUCAUCGUACAUUGUGCUCGAGUGAAAGUCGGAUUUUGCGAUGAAACUUGUGGUUUUUUUGGCUCUGGGGGCCGUUUGUGCCGCCAUGCCCCAAAAGGAGGGUGGGGCUUACACCAACGAAGCCAUCAAGCAGGCACAGAACACGUUCCUGAUCCCCAAAGACGCCCAAAUCCAGAAAGUGCAAGAAGGGAUCGAAAUCGGGGCCUAUGAGGGAAUCCCCGGAAACCAGCGAAUCAACUUAUUCGAAAUUUUGGGCGACCAGUUCCCCACCGAAGUCGUCAACAACUUGCAGCAACAAAUCGAUCAAGUUGGGCGAAAUUAAUUUUUUUCCCUUCUAGUCUCUCCCUAUUUUUCUUUUCACUUUUCUAUCUUUCGUGCACCCCUCAAAAAAUAAAAACUGAUAUUCUUCCACGUAAAGUGCCAAUUCUGUGUUAGGUACGUCGAUUUGUAUAUAUUUUUUUAAUAAAAUUUUUUUUUGUAA